GAGCCUCCUGGGAAUUGUAGUUCGAGGGGCUUCGUUGGGGGUCGCGGAAAGGCUCCGUAGUGUGAGGUCGGGAAGCAGCGGUUGUGCCUGGUGGCGGUUGCCGGCACCAUGUCCCGCGUAUCCGUGCCCUGCCACGUGAAAGGCACCGUGGCCUUGCAGGUGGGCGACGUGCGGACCUCGCAAGGCCGGCCUGGCGUGCUGGUCAUUGAUGUCACCUUCCCCAGCGUCGCGCCCUUCGAGUUGCAGGAGAUCAUGUUUAAGAAUUACUACACAGCCUUUCUGAGCAUCCGCGUUCGCCAGCAUACUUCAGCACACACGCCGGCCGAGUGGGUGACCUGUCUGCGCGACUACUGCCUGAUGCCUGACCCACACAGUGAGGAGGGAGCCCAGGAGUAUGUGUCACUAACCAAGAGCCAGAUGCUUUGUGACAUGGCGAGUGUGACAGAGCUGCGCCUGAUCCUUCGACAGCCGUCACCGCUGUGGCUGUCUUUCACAGUGGAGGAGCUUCAGAUCUACCAGCAAGGACCGAAGAGCCCCUCAAUGACCUUCCCCAAGUGGCUGUCUCACCCAGUACCUUUUGAGCAACCGGCUCCCCUCCUUGAGGGUCUCCCGGACCCCAGCAAGAUAUCCUCUGAGGUGCAGCAGAUGUGGGCACUGACAGAGAUUGUCCGGGCUAGUCACACCUCCACAAGAAUCGGCCGCUUUGAUGUGGACGGCUGUUAUGACCUCAACUUACUCUCCUACACUUGAACUGUGCCUCUUAGCCAAGACCCUGAACUUCUGUGCUCACCCAGACCUGGUUUGGACUACCAAAUGCUGAUGUGUUUCCCUGUGUCUUCUGAAUGUUGCAUGUAUCUCCGGGCUGUCUGGGGUGUAUCACAGACUCAAGAUUCUUAAGGUCUCACUAUGUUACCUCAGCAGGACUUCCCAAGGGGGUACGUGGUGGUCCUUGCCCAACUGCACUUCAACGCCUCCUCCUCCUCCUCCCUUAAAAUGUUCUCAGCUCUACUUACUACGAUAUUCCCCAGUGUCUUCCGCUCCUCCUGCCGACAUGUGCACAUUCUUCAGCUUGCUGUGCGUACACAAGACUGCGGACGCCUACUAGCACCUGCUCUGUCCAGCCUCGGGAGGCGAUCUGCAUCUAGAAAUGGAGGGAGACACUAGAGUCUCAUCUUCCUCAUCCUGUACUACUACUUCUUUUUUUUCUAAUGAAAUCAAAUGUCUUUUUUUUUUUUC